ACAAGGUGGAGUAGUUUCUGCCCCUUGUAGUGAUUCCGGGUGCUCCCCAAAAAAAUCUUAAAAGUGGGAGUUGACAGCCUAAUUUGUUGCUGUGUUUUCUCUCGUCUGUUGUCAUCUAGUCUCAAACUGCAGCCAUGCCUGGGAUAGAGAAACUGCCUCUCGAAGAGACCUUGGAGGACAGCCCGCAGACCCGAUCUCUGCUGGGAGUGUUUGAGGAGGACACGGCAGUCAUGUCCAACUACUGCACCAGGCUUUAUCAGGCCAUGCAUAGAAUCUAUGACGCCCAGAAUGAGCUGAGUGCUGCAACACAUCUCACAUCCAAACUGCUAAAAGAGUAUGACAAACAGCGCUUUCCGUUAGGGGGCGACGAUGAAGUAAUGAGCUCCACCCUGCAGCAGUUUGCGAAAGUCAUCGAUGAGCUGAGCUCUUGUCACGCCGUUUUGUCAACCCAACUGGCCGAUGCCAUGAUGUUCCCCAUAACACAGUUCAAAGAGAGAGACCUGAAGGAAAUCCUAACUCUGAAGGAAGUAUUUCAAAUAUCCAGCGAUGAUCACGACACGGCCAUCAACAGAUACAGCCGCCUGUCCAAGAGGAAGGACAACGACAAGAUGCGCGCCGAGGCGGUGGAGGACGUGUACACGUCGCGCAAGAAGCAGCACCAGACUAUGAUGCACUACUUCUGCUCCCUCAACAUGCUGCAGUACAAGAAGAAGACGGCGUUGCUGGAGCCGCUGCUGGGAUACAUGCAGGCUCAGAUCAACUUCUUUAAGAUGGGCUCAGAAAACCUCAGCCAGCAGUGGGAGGACUUCUUGGCCACCAUCGGGACCAGCGUCCAGAACGUGCGUCGGGAGAUGGAGGAGGAGGUGGGCCACAUGCAGCAGACCAUCGAGCAGAUGGAGAAGUCAUGUGACCCUCUGUAUGCACCUUGCGACCCGGACCCGCUCCACUCGCCGGUGUGUCGCAACCUCACCCAGAGGCAGGGCUACCUCUAUGUUCGCAAUAAAACGGGCCUGGUGUCCACGUCGUGGGAGCGUCAGUACUUCUUCACACAAGGGGGCAACCUGAUGCAGCAGGGCCGCGCCGAAGUGGCGGGCGGCCUGGUGACCGACCUGGACAACGCCUCCGUCAUGGCGGUGGACAGUGAUGACCGCCGCUUCUGCUUCCAGAUCACAUCCUUCGACGGCAAGAAAGUGGUGACACUGCAAGCGGAAAGCAGGAAGGACUGCAAGGAGUGGAUCGCCACCAUCAACAACAUCUCCAGGCGCAUCUACCUGAGCGAGAACACAGAGGAAGUGGCAGCCAGAAUCAACCAAUUAGCCAUUGAGGCGGUGACGCCGUCGCCGUCCUUCCAGCAGAGACACGACAGCAUGCGGCCUGCCAGCAAGAGCCGCGUGGGGCGAACCGGCAGCAUCAGCUCAGUGGGCUCCGAGCCUUCGCCCGCCCUCUCUGCCCUCUCAUUGGAUGCCCUGGUUGCCCCGGAAACGCCAAUCCAGUUUGACAUCAUCUCCCCUGUCAGCGAGGAAAAUGCCAGACAUGGCAAGACAGCAGCGCAGGCUGGCAGGAGAAGUAAUCCAUUCGGCGAGUCGGGUGACAAAACAUCAGAGGACAGCGAAGACUCGAUCCUGCACCAGCUCUUCAUCGUCCGCUUCCUGGGCUCCAUGGAGGUGAAAAAUGCCGAGUCGGCGGAUGUCAUCCCCGAGACCAUGAGGCAAAUCCUGGCGGCUCGCGCCAUUCACAACAUCUUCAGGAUGACCGAGUCGCACCUGCUGGUCACCUGUGAUUGCCUCAAGCUUAUCGACCCGCAGACACAAGUGACAAGACUCACGUUCCCUCUGUCAAGCGUGCUUCAGUCGUCGUCCCAUCAGGACAACAAGAGACUCUUUGGAUUCAUCAUGCACUCUGCCAGCGGGCAUGCCGACGGACGAGCUGUCUGCUACAUCUUGGAGUCCAACGAUGACGGCGAGAAGAUUUGCGACAGCAUUGGUUUGGCUAAGCAGAUUGCCCUCCACUCUGCUCUGGACCGCAAAGCGGUGGAGAAGCGCAAGGAGCAGGACAAAGCCAAAGAGAAGCAGCAGGAGGAACUCAGCAAGCAGAGACAGAUAGAGAUGGACCUGGAAGAGCAAAGCCGCCUCAUCGCCGCCUCCAGUCGUCCCGCCAACUCCGCUGGGGCCGACGGACACUUUGUGGUACUGAGCAACAGCCAAUCAGAGGACAGCGAUGCCGGUGGGGAGGAGGGCAAGAAGAAGUGCGAGUCUGAUGCCUAGCCAUGCGCCUAAAAAGGGGUACGAAGCCUCUGCCCGUCCACCCCUCGCUCAGGAACCAACACCCACCCGUCCGGGCUGCCUGGGAAUGAAAAAAAAAAAAGAGUUAAUCACAGACUCUUUUGUUUUAGUUGAUGGUUUUUUUUUUUGUUUUUUUUAAGGAAAAAAAAAGCUUUUUAUAUUUUGGCAACUAUAGAUCUACAACAUUCGUUUCCUAUUUCUUCACAUAAUCAUUUUGUCUGCAGGUGAGUCUUAAUCUGAAAAAUCCUCCCUGGUUGUUUGUCGUUAUUCUGCACUGAUUUGAGAGCAGCCAAUGAUCACGCACUUUUGAGGCGUUUGAGCCAAGUCGCAUAUUUUACAUGAGAAAAAAUGUUGCAACCAAACAAAUGUCAUAUGAAGGAAUCAAAGUGAACCCUUGCAUAUUUGCAGUUUGGCAUUUGCUUAUUUCCAGAUAGUUUUUUUUUUUCUCGCAGUAUUCCUUGUGUGGCACCAUUAUAUAUCUUGAAAUGAGGUUCGGUGGUUGCUUGGGACAAAAGUACUGAAUUGAUACCACCUUGUGGCAUCUACAGGCAAUUACAGUCGAUUACUCACCCAUUUUCGCUAUCUAGGGCUUGGUCCGCUACACAGUGAAGCCCCGUGAGGGCAGGGAUACGUUGGAGACCCACCUGCCAUUCAAAUCUGCAAUUUAGAGCACUGACACCCAACCAGUGUGUCUGAGCACAUCUUCCACGAGAUGGCAGAAGGGACAUAAUUAACUUGUGUAUCGACCUUUUGUGAGAUUGUUUUCCAAGUUGAAGUAUGUGCCUUGGCUCAAUAAAGGUUGCAAAACACUGAUUAAGAGAAACGAUUAAAACAAA